AUGGAAGCAGCGGCGAAGAAGGUCCAACUGCUGGCCCAGCGCAUCCUGCCCGACCGACCGCAUCAUCUCUCUGUAUCUCCAGACCAGCGCUAUCGCGUCCCGCCGGACCAUAGCAAGGCAUUUGAGGAGUUCAAAUUCCAGCGCUUGCAGUACAUGACGCUGCUGUCCGACGCUGACCGCGGCAUGCUGCUCACUCGCCCCUAUUAUGACAUGCGCGAAGAACCCCCGAACACAAUCGCCGCCAAAGAACCGAACGUGAAGAUGGAAAAGAAGACAGUCACCAAGCUGUCAUUGAGUGAUUAUAAGAACAAACAGAAGAAGCCAUCUGCAUCCCCUACCGACUCGGGAACGACACCAAAGACAGAUGUCUCUAGGAAGGAGACGAUAGAUAGUCGAUACGAUCGUGAGCCAAAGAAGGCUGAACCACCCAGGAGUCGGGAGCCCGAGGCAUUGAGGGAUGCAAAAGCGCAUAAGCCGCGCGAUAUUUCCAACGAUGACAGAUCAGGUAGGCCUGAGGCAAGGUAUAAGGCAGCGCAGGAGAACAAUGAUACCCCAGAGAAGCGGAAACGUGCCCCAGAUACGGACGGCGAGCUGCGACCCCAGAAACGAGCGAGACCCGAAGCUAGCACCCCUGCUGACGAUCGAUCACGAACGCCCCGAGACGAUACCCCGAAAAGAAAGGAGCUACAUCAUUCGCAGGAUAGGACGCCGCAGAAGGACAGCAAGUCGGCCGCGUCCUCGUCAUCGUUAACAAACGGAAGGUCCGCCCUGAAAGCUGCCUUGGGCCCGAAUACCAGCAAAUCACCAGUGUCACGUGCGCGGGGCGAUUCUAUCAACGGCAACAGACCGAACCUGUCGAGCAGCAGGAGCAAAGCCGAUUCGUCGAGGACAGCAGUGCCGCCAUUGCUUUCGCCUUUACACCUACCCAACGAUUCAGACUCGCACCCCAGAGACAAGAAAAAACGGGAUGAUGUUGGCGAGCAUAACAGGCCCCACAAGCCUCUAAAGCCGGAGCCGCCUCCGCCUCCCAAGAGGCACAGAUCUCCCGUUCGGCUUCCCGCACUCCUUUCUCCUACAUUACCUCCAAUGAUUGAGGAGGAGCUGGCUCGAAUCAAGAAAACGCCAACCAAGGGUUCAGGGUCAAGCCAAAAGCUACAACCUCCGGACUCUCCCACUAGCAGCAAGAGACUACACGUCGUCCCCAAAGAAGAGGACGAAGACCGAAAAGACUUCAAGGACAAAGUCAAGGAGAAGCCACGCAGGUUUAUGGUGACGUUAAAAUACAGCAGGAAAAUCUCCAAGACGGUGCAGAGAUUGCUGGCUCUGCCACCAAAAAAGGAUACAAUCAAAAAGGAGCGCUCCGUGAGUAUAGAGCCUCCAGCACCACCUCAAGCAAGGAAACGUCCUAUGGGAAGCUCCGACAAUGUCGGCGACUCAAUCGCUGUCAAGCGACCAAGGACGUCGGACAUAACUAGCUCCUCCAAGCUCGUGGCGCCUUCGACCCCUUCAAAAGCAGCCACGUCCAUGUCAAGAGUAGCAUCAAGCAACUCAGUAAACACUCCCGGGGAUGGCAGCAGCCUAACUCCCGCAGCACCGCCUUCAGCAGACCGAGACCGGCCGCAAACAAGAGGCGAUAUGAGGGAACCAUACAAUCCGGCCAAAAUCCAGGCGCUCCGCGAGCGGUACGCUCGAUUCAGUAAGCUUGGUACGAAGUUGAAGCAUGAACGUGAUUUGUUGCUCGAUCGUAAAACCGACUCAGACGGCAAGUUGGGCAUCAUACUAGGACUAGAGACCGCUUUGGCAUUCAUGGUCGGCUUCAGGGCGGUAGUCGACGCCCGCUCGAUUGAGAGCAAGGCGCAGGACCCCAAGCAAUGGGGCAGCAUACUGCCGAUGCUCAACAUUAUGCGUCCCGAGCUGCGCAGAUGCGGGCCUCUGGAGGCCUUAUUUUGGCAAAUUCAGGGUGUGAUUCACGAGGAACUAAUCAAGUGUUACUGGUCUAUCGAUCCGACCCCGCACGCGGUUGCCAUCGUGGGCCAUGAGCGAGGUCGCGCCAACGCGUGGAAGUCGGCAGCAGACUUUGUCGAGCGGAUCGAGGAUGGCGCGAUGCGUACCAACAUGGGGCCCUGGACUUCAGUGGAGGAAGCCGUCUCGUCGGCACUAAGGAUCAUGCGUCGCUGGGCUCAACAGGAGCACGUUUCGUGGCGCGCAGAGGUCACGGUAUCAGCCGCCAACGGAACGUCAUAG